CUUAUCUUGAUAGUUUAUUAUCAAGUUUCAUAUGAAGUUAAGCUCCUGAUAGGAACAUGUUUAGAUAUAAUAAUGAUGUUUCUACUGAGUACUAUAAUUGUACUCCUGCAUGCCAGCCAAACCCUAGGCCAUGGAAGACUAAUGGAACCUCCAGCUAGGAACUGCAUGUGGAGAUUUGGUUAUCUGAACCCUAUCAACUAUAAUGAUAAUGAGGUGUUCUGUGGCGGUGCUGCAAAACAAUUCCAGGAGAACGGAGGCCAGUGUGGGGUGUGCGGGGAUUCAUGGGAGGUCCCUCAUCCUCAACCUCAUGAGACAGGAGGAUUAUAUGGGAAUGGAGUUAUUGCCAAAACGUAUCUAACAGGAAGCUGGAUUGAACUGGAGGUAGAACUGACCGCAAACCAUAAAGGAAGAUUUCAAUUUAAACUCUGCCCAGUUAAUGGAAGGGAAGAAGCAACACAGGAUUGUCUGGACCAGAAUAUAAUCCUGAGCCCUGACGGAUCUGAUAACUUCCCAAUAGAAGUUUCAAAACAGAAAAUAAAUCUUAACUUCCGGGGCAAACUUCCCCAAGGAUUAAUCUGUACACGCUGCGUUCUACAAUGGACUUGGAGAAGUGCUAAUUCAUGGGGUAAUUGUGGUAAUGGAACAUCAGGUUUAGGAUGCGGGCCUCAGGAGACCUUUAGAAACUGUGCAGAUGUGAGUAUCGUCAGUUCUCCACUAUUUCUACCGGAGACGGAUAACCCAAGGGCUAUUUUUGUGUCUGACAAAUCUGGACGAGGAAGACGACCUCUUGUAGUUAGAAGUCAGGUUUGCGUCUCAACCGAUGCAUACAGGAUGUACCACAGAAUGUCGGAUUGGUGUCAACUGAACUGUUUGGCCUACCCCUCGAACUGUCCCCCUGCAAUAUGUAAAUGUCUGGAUACAUGCAGUGCAUUGCCCGGAACCAACCUGACUGAUUUUGAGUGUAACAAAAGAUGCCUCAGAUAUCCUCACACAGAGCAAUGUCCCAAGGAAUGCAAUUGUACAGGAGGAGAAUCAAUUGAAGAUGAAUUUGUCAUAAUUGAAAAUUCUAUCUUCACAGAUGAAGUUGCUGCUAAAUCCUCGAAACAAGCUGCAGCUAAAACAGUUACCUCUAGUACAGUACAGUACAAUAAACCAGUUAGUUCCAGUCCAGUCCAGUACAAUAAACCAGUUCUUGUACCAACAGUGUACAGUCCUCUAAUCCAUCCAAUUUAUAAACUUCCCUUGAGAGUAUACCAAUACCUCGUUAAGUAAUAUGGCAUAAGCUUCAUGAGUAACCUACAGUGAGACCCAAAAUAUUGUGGAAUAGGAUGACGACAUUUAAGCAAUCUUUAAUGUCUUUGAUGUAACUAAAAAGCAAACAGGUUUACCAAUAACUUUGAGUUAAUUUGAAAAUCAACUUUCAAAAUCACAACUUAAACCUUCCUAUUCGACGUUCAUUAAAAGAAAUUUGUUAUAAUUUUAUGUGAAAAAAAUCCUCAAAACUUAAGAAUCUCAAAAUCUUCCAAACCGCAUGAAAUCAUGUAGAUUGAAAUAAUUCAAGAUCUAGUUGAAUAAAUUGUAUACUGUUCUGGUGAUGUUAUGCAAUCUUAAUAUCAUAAUUUAAAAACAUGUUAUUUUAUGUAAAAUUAUACAUCUAGUAAAACAAACGUAUAAAACCAGUUCUGAAUGUCAAAAUAAUCAUUAAUGCGCUAAAAAGAUAAAUAAAUAAAUUCUAGCUGUAGUGCCCGGCGUUUCCCGUGGAAUUGAAAAGCAAUAAUUUUGAAAAAAACGAAUAAAAAUUUAUUUUUCUUUCUUAGUCUAUGUGGUACCCAUGGGCUUCUUAAAAAAUGUCAGCCCUUUAGGUCCUG